CAAUAAUAAGCGCAAUUUCAAAUAAACAGGUCUCAUUGAUCAACUUUUACGACGGUCCGAGGAAUCUCCUCAAGAUACCUGACAACACUGGAUCUACUUUAGUCACACACGCCCCAAAGAAGAAGAAAGUGUUCUUGAAAAUGGGAUUUACACGCUUUUUAGAAGUAGACGACAAUGUUUUGGAACGCGUUGUAAAAUUAUUGAAUUAUUCUUCUAUAGAUUUGUUUAAUGAAGAUGUCGGAAAAAUUAAAGAAUGGAUCAAGAAGCAACAGCAUUUUCCAGAAGUGACAGCUGACGAGAAAAUCAAAAAUUUUCUCAUACUAAAUAAAGGAAGUGUUGAAAAAAGCAAAGAAAAAAUAGAAAACUAUUACACCAUAAGGUCCCACUUGCCAGAAAUAUUUGAUAAUAUUCAUCCGAAACUCUCCUUUAUGGAAACUGUAAAAGCAUCCAUAUAUUUCGUUCCUCUUCCAAAGCUGACGAAAGAAAUGUACAGAGUCUUUUUCUAUAAAGUGCGUGAUCCACAUUUAACAGAAACUUUUGAACCUGUCCAUGGUAUUCGUCUGCUGGUGAAUAUACAAGAAAUUCGUAUGAUUGAAGAUGUUACCUAUGGAGAUGUGUUUAUACUUGAUGGUAAAAAUACACCUUUUCGACCCAUUCUCAAGGUCACACCCAUGGUAAUUUACAAAGCACUGAUUGCUAUAUACAAGCAAGUUUUCUCCAGCCGACUGAAAGCUGUUUACGUCAUCAAUAUUCCUCCAUAUGUAGAAAAGUUUUUUAUUCUUCUUAAGGGCGUUCUUAAACCUAAGCUAAUAGAACGGAUACACUUUUGUGAAAAUUCGGAUGUUUUAAUUGAAAAAAUUGGAAAAGAAAUUCUGCCAGUGGAUUAUGGAGGCGAAGAAAAGUCUCUAGAAGAACUACAAGAAAUGCUUUAUCAAAAAUUUAAAGAACGUGAAGAUUAUUUUACCCAGCUAGACGAACUUCGUAUAAACGACGAUCUGAAACGUCAGAGGCUUAAACAUGAUGAAAUGUUUGGACUUGCUGGUACUUGUAUAUCUGUUGCAACGAUGGCAGUAAGCUUUAAGGCAAACGAACUAGAUAAAUCCCCACCUUGCUGUGUGCAGCUCAAGACCAGGACGCUUAUAAAUUGCUUACUCGUCGUGUCUGAGUGCUGGCUGUGCCCCUUUGUACGUAAUAAUUAUAAAUUUAAUAAACAAGUUCAAUGUGCAUAACAGUUCC